UAUACAGACCACCAAAUGCAAAAUUGUCAGAAUGUUUACAAUGUCUGGAUAUUAUUAUUCCUCAAAUUAUUACCAGUUAUGACACCAUUAUAAUAUUGGGUGACGUGAAUGUAGACAUGUUCGUUUCAAAAAAUAAAAUGAUUGAAUCUUUCAACUCAUAUGGUUUGGUCCAACUUAUUACAGAAGCAACACAUAUCACUGAAACAAGUGCGACUUUAAUAGAUCCUAUUUUUAUUAAUACGCCUACUAAUGUAACCAAACAAGGUACCAUUAAUAUUGAUCUAUUCAGUAAUCAUCAGAUGACAUUUUGUGAACUCACUACUUGUAAAAAAAUAUCUCAUGAUAAGUUUGUCACGUAUAGAGAUUUUAGUAAUUUUAAUACCAAUUUAUUCAAUCAUGAUUUAUUAAAUAUCCCAUGGCACAGUAUCUUACAAUUAAACUCAAUAGACCAAAAAAUUGAAUUUUUGUCUGAUAAUAUUACUUGCUUAUUCGAUUUACACAGUCCUUUUCGCACGGCCCGUGUCAAAAGGUCACGUGCUCCCUGGUUAACAGCCAAUCUGAAAUUAAUAUUUAAAGAACGAGAUAAAGCAUUGCGAAAGUAUAAACAAAAUCGAACACUUUAUAGUUGGAAUGAGU